AUGCUCAUCACCGCUGUUUGCUAUGAUGGCAAGGCAUGUGCACUCCUGGAGGGUAUUGCCGAUUCUGGUGGCAUAGAAGAUGUCAGCACCAGUGUCACCAACUUCACUGUAGAUACCAGCACCAGAGGCAAGCCCAAAGCAGUUGCAUAUGUCAAUUACAAAGCAGUCAUGCCCUUCGAGGCAGAUGACAAGGCCCAGCCAAUGCUCUGGGAUAAUUAG